CUGCGACAUCCUGUGUCAGAACCAGCACGUUGCUUUGAAGGGAUUUUGUGAACAUGCCUGCAGAAAUUAGACUACCCACCUUGGAAGAGGUUGAACCUAUCGCAACCAAUACCCUUAUACUCACCAAUGUCCCACCAAAGGCUUUUCAAGAUGAGGGCGCUGCUGUGCGAACGAUAUUGGAGAGUUACGGGCGAGUGAAUCACUUUGUACUGUUGAAGUCGUUCAGCAGAAUAUUGGCCGUUUUUGAAGUCACCGCAGAUGCACAACGGGCGAGGAAUUCGCUGCACAUGAAUCCAAUUUUAGGAGACGAUGUUCGAGUCUAUUUCGGAGAGCAUACAGACUCCCAGUAUCUCUUAAACCCAACAACCGGCAUCCACAUCAAUUAUCUUCAAGUUCCCACAAUAGAGCGAAAUUUCCUACUAUCACCGCCAGGCUCACCACCUAUCGACUGGGUUCAGCAUCAAGAACAUUCGCCUGUCCCAGGUGGCCAUGCCGAUGCCUUGUUGGAUGCUCUGAGGGAGCUGGAAGGUGAUACGUUUGUUCUGGAUCCUGGGGAUGCAGAGGACACGAUGGACACCCCUGGGCGACAAGUGCUGGUAUUUGAUCAGGGAGAAGAGGCGGAGUUGCCGGUGAUAGUUGUAGAUGAUAUGGAGUUAAGACAACCUUGGUGGCCGGAAGAUGAGCCCACGGGAGUGAGACCAUCGCAGCUGCGUAGCUGUGGGCCGUCACUACCCAGGACAGCCAUGCCGCCACCUCCUGUUUCCAGUUGAGGGACGGGUGCAGUGGCAUAUGUUUAAUAUGUGGUAAUACAUGUGUGAUUUUGCUCAAC